AUGCAUACAUAUAACCCACUUACACUUCCAGAUACUAUUGCUGAAAUCGUCUCAAAACUUCCAUUAGAGGAUCUAGAUAACUGUAUUCAAAUUAACCGCACAUGGUAUAAAGAAAUUUGUCAUGAGCUUUAUAAGAGGCGUAAAAAUUUUAAUACAAAAUACUAUGAUUUAUUGGAGAAACUAGAUAGAUGCCAUAGAAAAUCGGAUAUAAAUGAUAAUGAAAUUGAGCCUAUAUAUAAUAAUGCAUUAAUAACAUUUGAUGAGCUCGUAAAAGUAGAAAG